AUGGGCGCGCGGCAGAUCUCGGCUGAAGAAGUCGGCAGACACAGCACGGACAACGAUGCCUGGAUUGUCUUGAACGGUGUGGUCUGGGACAUCAGCGGGUUUGCGGCAAGGCACCCAGGCGGCCGAGAGGCCAUUGAAGAGUUCUUCGGCCGGGAUGGAAGCCAAAUCUAUAAUCAAAUCCACAGCCCCCAGCUGGCCGAGAAGUUUCUGGGCCCGGAGAAGAAGGUCGGCGUGAUCGAGACCACCGGAGUAAACAGCGACAGUGACAGCAACAAAGACCCCAGCACCAGCACCAGCGUUGAGGCCGCAGAGCAGGAGAGCGGCAGCCAUUUGAGACCCGCCCUCGACUCGAUCAUCAGCAUCUACGAGUUCGAGCAGAUCGCCCCCAAGCGUCUCCGGCCCAAGUCGUGGGCCUACAUCGCAGGGGCCACCGAGGACGGCCUGACCAACGCCGCGAAUGCAGAGUGGUACCGUCGCAUCUGGUUCCGGCCCCGGGUGCUGACCGGAGUGGGCAAAGCAAACACCACCACCACGAUAUACGGGCGAAGGUGGUCGUCGCCGAUCCUCAACUCGCCGACCUCGUCAGCAAUGCUCGCCCAUGCCGACGGAGAGCUCGCGUUGGCGAGGGCAUUCUCGGCCUGUGGCAACCCCAUCAUCAUCCCGACCAUGUCGUCCUACCCGCUGCAAGACAUUGUCGCCGCACUGCCGGAAGGCCAUCCGUUCUUCUUCCAGCUCUAUGUCCACAGCGACCGCGCUGAGAUGGAGAAACUGCUGGAUGAGGUCUGUGCGUUGAAACCUCAGGCGAUCCUCGUCACCGUCGAUCUCCCCGUCAUGUCCAAGCGUGAGACGUAUGCAAAGUAUGAGGCGCAAGAGCGGCAAUCCAAGAAGAAGCUGGCCAACAUCCCCAUGUCGGAGAAAGCCACAGUUUCGGCUGUCGAUCCGACGCUGAACUGGGACGAUAUCAAAUAUAUCCAGAAGCGGACCGGUGUGCCGGUCUUUGUCAAAGGAAUCCAGACCGCCGCCGACGCUCGACUAGCCUAUGAGUACGGCUGUGCUGGCAUCUACAUCUCCAACCAUGGCGGAAGAGCCCUCGAUACCGCCCCGCCAUCGAUCCUGGUUCUUCUCGACAUCCAAGCCAAUUGUCCGGAGAUCUUGGACCACAUGCAGGUAUUCAUCGACGGAGGCAUCCGACGAGGCUCAGAUAUCUUGAAGGCCAUCUGUCUGGGCGCCAGCGCUGUCUGUGUUGGGAGGCCCAUUCUUUACUCAUUGACAUAUGGAGAGGCGGGUGUCAAGCAUGCCAUCAAAAUCCUUGAGGCGGAGCUCGACAGUGCCAUGCAGCUGGUGGGCAUUACGAGUCUGGACCAGGCGCACCCAGGUCUGGUCACCACGAGCGCGCUGGAUAGAUAUAUCUACCAUGGGCAGGACCACCCAUGGGCACGAAAGCCCCAACGGUCCAAGUUGUGA